GGCUGAGUUCUGUUCUUGGCUCGUCCUCUGAGUCAGCCACAGCCUGUAUUAUUGAUAUGUUGGCUCAGUUAUUUAGGUCCCCAAUCUAGUCCAGAAUAAAGCAGAAUAACAGAACAGAAUAAAGACAUGUUUCUCAUCUUGGCUGGAUUGUUUUUUUUCUGUCUUUCUCAGUGGGAAUGUGUCCUUGUUCUCAUUGAAGGUGAGUGAUAACCAGGUUGCCAUGGUGAUCCUCCCGCAGCACAGUAACAACCUCAGCACCGGGCACAGCUCCGUGUGGGACCCCGCCGCCGACGCGCUGAGCCGCGCGGGUCACACCGCGGCGGCCGUCGCCCUCGGGUUCAUCCUGGUCCUGGGCUUCCUCGGUAACUUCCUGGUGCUCCUGGUGUUCUCCCGCUUCCCCGGGCUGCAGACUCCGGUGAAUCUGCUGCUCAUCAACAUCAGCGCCAGCGACAUGCUCGUCUGCAUCUUCGGGACUCCUCUGAGCUUCGCGGCCAGCGUGCGCGGCAGGUGGCUUACCGGCUCCUACGGGUGCCGGUGGUACGGUUUCUCCAACGCGCUUUUCGGUAUAGUAUCGCUGGUGUCUCUCUCUCUGCUGUCCUUUGAGCAGUACUCUGUGGUGCUCCGCAGCACACAGCCGGACUCCUCUCAGUACCGCAGGGCCAGGCUCGCUGUCGCCGCCUCAUGGCUCUACUCGCUGGUCUGGACGCUGCCGCCGCUGCUGGGCUGGAGCAGCUAUGGGCCGGAGGGUCCCGGCACCACCUGCUCCGUCCAGUGGCACCAGCGCUCGGCCACAGCUCGCUCCUACAUCAGCUGUUUGUUCGUCUUCUGUCUGCUCCUCCCACUGCUGCUCAUGUUCUUCUGCUACGGGAGGAUCCUGCUGGCUGUACGAGCGGUGGCCAGACAGGUCACCAGGGUCAACCGGUCCUCAGCUGAGCGGAGGGAAGGCCGUGUCCUACUAAUGGUGGUCCCAAUGGUGUCGGGCUACCUAUUAUGCUGGAUGCCAUACGGGGUUGUGGCGUUGCUCUCCUCCUUUGGACGGCCCGGCGUGGUGCCGCCUGCUGCCAGUUUACUCCCCUCCUUGCUGGCGAAGACCAGCACCGUCCUCAACCCUGUUAUCUAUGUGCUGCUCAACAACCAGUUCUCCAAGUGCUUCCUGUACAUGAUGAGAUGCAGCUCAGAUGCUCCGCCCACCCCAGUCCACCACACACUGCCUCAGGCUCCCAACCUGCCAACAGAGGAACAAAACACAACGCCUGUCAUGCCCACAUCCAGAGAGCAGCAGGUGCAGCGGCCUGUCCUGGUGCUAGUGGCUCAAUAUGCAACGUAGAGGUC